GAGGCAUAAAUCCUCGCAACGAGGUUUUUCAUUGCCCAGCUCUAACACUCACAUUUCGCUAAUCACAUUUACCUUUACUAGCAUUUGGAAAUAUAAUAUACGAAAAUGCCGGACGCAGUGCAGCAGAGCUUUGUGCGGAGCUUCAUCGACUAUCUGAAAAAGCAGGUGGACGUGAUGUCGCCAGACCAGAGCGAGAGCAUCGAGGUGGCGAUCCAGUGUCUGCAAGCGGCUUUCGACGUAGGAGAUGAUGUGGACCAGUCGCAGGACUCCGCUCAGGUGGAAGCCACAACACAGAGUAGCACUGGAAGCGCACCGGGCGGUGAUGCGACCCCUAGCGGUAGCAGCGGCGUUGGCGCCCCCAAAAACAUUGACAUGUUCGAGCUCUUCCAGUCGCUGUACAUCGAGCGCAAUCCGGAAUCUUUGGCCCUGGCCGACUCCAUCAAGAACGAGGGCAACCGCCUGAUGAAGGAGUGCAAGUAUAACGAGGCCCUGCUGCAGUACAACCGUGCUAUAGCCUUUGACCCGAAGAACCCGAUAUUUUACUGCAAUCGUGCGGCGGCUCACAUCCGCCUCGGUGAUAAUGAACGGGCCGUCACCGAUUGCAAGUCCGCGCUGCUGUAUAACGCAAACUACAGCAAGGCGUACUGUCGCCUGGGCGUGGCCUACUCCAACAUGGGCAAGUUCGCGGAGGCCGAGCAGGCGUAUGGCAAGGCCAUCGAGCUGGAACCGGACAAUGCGGACUUCAGGAACAAUUUGGAGGUGGCCAGGAAUGCCAGAAACCAGCCGCCGCAGCUGUCGCACCUGGCGGACGGACUCAAUGCCAUGCUGGCCAAUCCCACGAUGCGGAAUCUAUUCAGCAACGCUGAACUUGAUCUGGAGCAAUUAGUGUCGAUGACUCAGAAUCCUACGGUGAUGAAUACGAUCGGUCAGUUGUUUUCCCAAAUGGGCAAUCCGAAUGGCGGCGGCGGUGCAGCUCCUGGCGGCGGCGGUGCAGCUCCUGGCGCCGGUGGCGCACCGCCUCAGAUUCCGACAAUGCCGAACGACAUGCUGCAGCUGUUCCAAAGCUUCGCCAGCCAGCUAGUGGGUGCCCAGCAGCAGGGCGGUGCCCCGAAUGCAAAUCCCGGCAAUGGAGGCCAGCAGCCGGGCAAUCAACCUCCGCCGAGCAUCUAGUCGGGUGAGAGAUGCCAGCCAGAAAGACCGGAGGAAACACACAUAGACACACAGAUUAAGUUUGUUUAGGCUGGAAACUAUAAUAACUGUAUUUUUAAUGUUUAAAAGGCUUCUAUUACACAUACAUAAA